GGUGGGGAGGAAGGAGGGGGAAAGGCACCAACCAGCAGUCGCUCCAGCCCUGCCGAAGUUUCACUUUUUGUCUGUGGGUCCGCUCCCGGCCCCGCGCGAGCUUUCCCGGGAUAAGUAGCGUUAGCGAGCAGGGGAUAGCCGAGCGCUGCAAGGUGGAGACCUUGAGGUACAGAAAUACAGCUGAAGACAAGCCAGUCACCUGGUUCUCAUUUGAGGCCUUUUCUCGUUGUUCUCCUGGGCGUCAUCCUCAGAGGGAAGCAAUUUUUCUUCAGUUGGCGAGCAGAGCCAAAAGGGGCCUAGCCAGGACCACAGCACUGGUUAGUGGCAGAGCUUGGACAAGAACCCGGUUAUUAGUGAAUUCCUCUUUUCUUCUUUUGAUUUCCUGUGCCAGUUUCAGGAAUCUCAAGGGGUACAGUAUAGUGAUUCAGCAAGCCCACACGUCACUCAGCGAUCCUUGUGACACCGGCAUUGCAGUCUGCCAAACCUUGUGUUGUCUGACCAUUCCAGGAACUUGCUCUCUGAGUUCCAGAUUCCAACAAUGUCUCACCCAUCUUGGCUGCCACCCAAAAGCACUGGUGAGCCCCUCGGCCAUGUGCCUGCGCGGAUGGAGACCACCCAUUCCUUUGGGACCCCCAGCAUUUCAGUGUCCACACAACAACCACCCAAGAAGUUUGCACCGGUAGUUGCUCCAAAGCCGAAAUACAACCCGUACAAGCACUCUGGAGGUGAAGGUGACUUUCUUCCACCCCCGCCUCCACCUCUAGAUGAUCCUGGUGCUCUUCCAUCCAGCCCCGGAAACUUCCCUCCUCCACCACCCCUUGACGAAGGUGCUUUCAGGGCACAGCAGGGAAAUCCUGGAGGCAAGACCCUUGAGGAGAGGCGUUCGAGCCUGGAUGCCGAGAUAGACUCGCUGACUAGCAUCUUGGCCGACCUUGAGUGCAGCUCCCCCUACAAGCCUCGGCCCCCACAGAGCUCUACUAGCUCGACAGCCUCUCCUCCAGUCUCCACCCCUGUCACAGGACACAAAAGAAUGAUUAUACCAAACCAACCGCCUCUAACAGCAACUAAAAAGUCUACAUUGAAACCACAGCCUGCACCCCAGGCUGGACCCAUCUCUGUGGCACCAAUUGGGACACUAAAACCCCAGCCUCCACCAGUCCCCGCUUCCUAUACGACAGCGUCGACCCCUUCCAGGCCUACCUUCAAUGUGCAGGUGAAGUCAGCCCAGCCCAGCUCUCUUUAUAUGGCUGCUCCUUCAUCAGGACAAUUUUACAGCCAAGGCCCAGGACCCCAGGGCUAUAACACUCCCCCAGUUUCUAUCUCUGGGCAGUGCCCACCUCCUUCAACACGAGGGGGCAUGGAUUAUGCCUAUAUUCCACCACCAGGACUUCAGCCUGAGCCCGGGUAUGGGUAUGCCCCUAACCAAGGACGUUAUUAUGAAGCCUAUUCAGCGGGGCCUGGCUAUGGGGGCAAAAAUGAGACCGAUCCAGCUUAUGGUCAGCAAGGUCACCCAAACACCUGGAAGCGGGAGCAAGGGUAUACUCCUUCUGGAACAGGAAACCAGAACCCCCCUGGGAUGUAUCCAGUUGCUGGUCCCAAGAAGACCUACAUCACGGAUCCCGUUUCAGCACCGUGUGCACCACCGCUGCAACAAAAGGGUGGACAAACGGGUUCCAUGGGGCCUCCAGCUGUUCCCCCAUCAUUCCGUCCUGAAGAUGAACUCGAACACCUGACCAAGAAGAUGCUGUAUGACAUGGAAAAUCCGCCUGCUGAUGAAUACUUUGGCCGCUGUGCUCGCUGUGGGGAGAAUGUCGUUGGAGAAGGAACGGGGUGCACUGCCAUGGAUCAGGUCUUCCACGUGGACUGUUUCACCUGCAUCAUCUGCAGCAACAAGCUCCGGGGACAGCCCUUCUAUGCCGUGGAGAAGAAAGCUUACUGUGAGCCCUGCUACAUUAAUACCCUGGAGCAGUGCAGCGUGUGCUCCAAGCCCAUCAUGGAGCGGAUUCUGCGAGCCACCGGGAAGGCCUAUCAUCCUCACUGCUUUACCUGUGUGAUGUGCCACCGCAGCCUUGAUGGGAUCCCAUUCACCGUGGACGCUGGUGGCCUCAUUCACUGCAUUGAGGACUUCCACAAGAAGUUUGCCCCCCGAUGUUCUGUGUGCAAGGAGCCUAUCAUGCCAGCCCCAGGCCAGGAGGAGACUGUCCGGAUUGUGGCUCUGGAUCGCGAUUUCCACGUUCAUUGCUACCGCUGUGAGGACUGUGGUGGUCUCCUGUCCGAAGGAGACAACCAAGGCUGCUACCCUCUGGAUGGACACAUCCUCUGUAAGACCUGCAACUCUGCCCGCAUCAGGGUGCUCACCGCCAAGGCCAGCACCGACCUCUAAAUACAGUCACCUGCUGAGCUGCUUAGUUGGGGGCGCUGAGAAGAAGGAAGCACAAGACAAAGAUAAGAAAUGGGAAUAGACAGGAAAGGCAAUCAAGCCGUGAGAUGGUCUCUGUUCUUCCUCUAAUAUUAACCUUUCUUUAGAAGCACAUAGAUAAUGAGAUUUUUUUUUUUUUUAACGUUCUCA